UUUCUGGAGUACGAAGGGUUGACGUUUUAUUUGCUGCAGGAGGAUAAGAUCAACGCUCUCAUCAAGGCCGCCGGGGUGACCGUGGAACCUUUCUGGCCUGGCUUGUUUGCAAAGGCCCUGGCUAACGUCAACAUUGGGAGCCUCAUCUGCUCUGUGGGGGCUGGCGGGCCUGCACCUGCAGCUGGCGCUGCCCCAGCUGGGGGUCCUGCCCCCACCGCUGCUGCUGCCCCAGCUGAGGAGAAGAAAGUGGAAGCAAAGAAGGAAGAGUCUGAGGAGUCUGAUGAUGACAUGGGCUUUGGUCUGUUUGACUAACCCUUUUAUAAUGUGUUCAAUAAACAGCUGACCUCUGCUGUGUUGGCCUUGCCUGUU